CCGAACUUUAAUGAUUCCACUUUCUUCCGCUCCAAGCUUACUCUGUUAAAUUAACUUCGGAGGCUAUGGAUUCAUCAUUCUCUCAUUCAGAAACUUUCUUCUGCUUUGCCCAUAUAUCUCUCAGGUUUGUUUAUGGAAUUCAAAAUGGCUCAGGCAGCUGCGGAGGUUCCUCCUAAGGGUGGAUUCAGUUUCGAUUUGUGUAGACGCAAUGAAAUGCUUUCUAACAAAGGUGUACCACCUCCUUCUUUUCGAAAAACUGGGACAACUAUUGUUGGGUUAAUAUUUCAGGAUGGUGUUAUUCUAGGGGCAGACACAAGAGCCACCGAAGGACCUAUAGUUUGUGACAAAAAUUGUGAGAAAAUUCAUUAUAUGGCACCCAAUAUUUAUUGUUGUGGAGCAGGAACUGCUGCUGAUACAAAGGCUGUAACAGACAUGGUCAGUUCGCAACUACAGCUGCAUCGAUAUCACACUGGUCGAGAAUCAAGGGUUGUCACUGCUCUUACUCUUUUGAAAUAUCACCUUUUCAACUACCAAGGUUACUUUCAAGCUGCUUUGGUGCUUGGUGGAGUUGAUGCUAAUGGUCCACAUUUGCACACUAUCUACCCUCAUGGAUCCACAGACACUUUGCCACUUGCUACAAUGGGUUCUGGUUCCCUUGCUGCGAUGGCUGUUUUCGAGUCAAAGUAUCAUGAAGGCUUGACAAAGGCUGAAGGAAUAAAUUUGGUGUGUGAAGCUAUUUGCUCUGGCAUUUUCAAUGACUUAGGAAUUGGAAGCAAUGUGGAUGUUUGCGUAAUAACUAAGGGUCACAAAGAGUACCUGAGAAACCACCAGUUGCCAAAUCCUCGCACAUAUGUCAAUUCCAAAGGAUUUUCAUUUCCCAAGAAGACUGAAGUUCUAUUGACAAGGGUUACACCAUUGGAAGAAAAGGUAGAAGUGAUUGAAGGAGGAGAUGCAAUGGAAGAAUGAGAUCUGCAAUUGAACUCCAUGUUGCAACUUGAAUGAACUUCUUUCCCACUUCAAUUGCUUCUAUAUCACUUCAUGUAGUUACGAAUCUGGGUCUAUAGUUAAUUUCAAACUCUUUUUCUAUUUUUUUUCGUUUAUUUAUUAAGCUAGACAUCAGUCGAUCUUAGGGUCCUAAUUUUCAGGACAUGCCUUAAAAUUAUUAAAAAUUAUAUCUUAGCUUGUAAAGCAUGAUUAUUCGGAGAAUUGUUUUCUUGUUUCUCAGCUUUGGAGCACCCCGUUAUUAAUGUUGAAUUAAUCAACUUGGUUAGCAUAGAA